AUGGCUCCGAGCAUACAGCCUGUAAUUCUCGGCGAAGCUCUUGUGCUGCACAACAAACCCACGGCCCGUGGCCCGAUACUUGGCCCCACCAUGCAAAAUGGUCCUCCCGAAAUAAUGCGCGCGCGUGCCCAUCGAGAAAGUGUAGAAAAACGAGGCAAGCUGCAGCUGCAUUGUGAUGAAGUCCCAUACAGCAGGGAGAAAGCCUCUCUCGAGCGAAUUCUCGACAAUCAUCGGGAGGGCAGUGAAGAUGCCGAUUUGGAUCACAAACUGCUGGUUCACAACCGCGCCAAGGGCCGCAUUGUUAUUGGCAUUUCUCGCGUGGCGCUCGACACCACUGAGGGAAAGGUACAAGCGGCCCCACAGGAAAGCGUACACCAUAACCACAACCACCAUUGUGUUGAAAUAAUAACCGACCGUCGUGUAAAAAACGGACAGCAUCCGGAAGAAAUCGAGCCUGUGGCCGAGACGGUAAACGUCUCGACUCAAGACCUGUUCUCCAUUGCCACUUGCGACUUUAGCCUCGAACAUCGAGAUCUGAUUUAA